AUGAUUCUUUUUGGAAGGGAGUUCCUUGUACCUCCAUCCCCUGGCUCACCCGAUAGUCCCAUUCCUCCUGAUGACUACUUUGAGGGUUCUGCUGCACGUAAUGACUACAUACCUAUAUAUGCCUAUGAUAAUUAUCCCAUAGGAAAAGCAGCCAAUCCAAUGGCCAGAGGAGGCCCACUGAUGCCAUAUAACGAUGAAUUAAAAGGAUACCCUUUACCCAUGUUUCCAGUCUUGCCUGACCUAUAUCCCAUUCUACUGAAACCUCUGUCCGGAAACACGACUCAAGGAUCUCGCACAGUGCCUACUGGACAACAACCAGACCUUUCAUACUGUAACGUGCUCCUUGAGGCACCAGUGCCUCCACCCAUGGAUCAAAUGCCCUGGUUCUGUGUUUGCUUACAAUGUAAAGGGGGUCCUAAUAGUUCAAAGGGGAACAAAGGAGAUCUGGGAUUGCCAGGUCAAAUAGGUGAUAUUGGUGAAAAAGGACAUCUGGGCGCAUUUGGCUUAAAAGGACUCAAAGGAGAACAAGGCCCCAAAGGUGAUAAAGGGGACAGGGGUUUGGAUGGAAAUCAAGGACAGCAGGGUUUACCCGGUGAGACAGGACAGUGUCCAGUAAUUUGUUACUCAAUCAAGGGAUCCCAAGGAGAACUUGGUCAUCCUGGCAUGGCAGGGGGAAGAGGAGUUACAGGGUUGAGAGGAAGUCAUGGAUCGAAGGGCCAGAAAGGAGAUUUGGGGGAUGAUGGUCCACAAGGAGCUCCAGGUUUAAAUGGCCAGAAAGGAGACCAGGGUGAAAGAGGGGAGUGUCACUGCAGUGAUGGAAGAGACGGUGCAAAUGGAAUUAUCGGGAUUUCAGGACUAAAAGGUAGCAAUGGGGAGACUGGCCAUCAAGGUGCAAUAGGGUUAAAUGGAGAAAAAGGGCAAAAGGGGGAUCUUGGGGUAAUGGGAGCUCCUGGUCCUUGCUCUUCAGCAAUUCAAUCCAUUUUUUUAGCUGCACUAAGCAGCAAAUACCCACAACCAGAUUUGCCAGUUCCUUUCACUGAUGUGUUUUCCAACAGAGGAUUUAACUUUGACUCCAUUAGAGGAGUCUACCGGGCUCCUCUCAGUGGUACCUAUGUCAUCAGCUACAACUUAGUUGGUUUCAACAAACUGCUCAAAGUGGGGCUCUUCCACAACUUCAGACCAGUCAUCAAAAAUACAGGGCCAGUAGUUCUUGCAAUUUCUCAACAGGUUGUCCUGCAUCUUAUCAUGGGGGAUGAAGUUUGGCUACAAGUGAAAGACGUUGAUUCCAAUGGUAUGUAUUUUAACAGUGAGAGCAGCAGUACCUUCUCAGGCUUCCUGCUCUAUCCAGAUAGCUGUGAUAUGCCAACGUCAGGUGAUUUUCAAUAUCCUAUAAGUGGAACAUACUCCUGGGGUUACUAG